CGGUUAGAAUGUUGCCGCCAGCACUGAAUUCUCGUUCAACUGCUACGGUUGAUACCGGAACGGAUAACACUUGUCUUGCUAGCAUGCCGAGACAUGGGAACAUGUGUUCGUUCCGCUUCCACCAUCCGAGCACGUCAAAAUCCACUUCGUCCUCAUCAGGUGCUUUGCUUACCACCCCACCCCAAUCAAGGGGUAGAUUCUACAAUGGGGUCUCCUUGCCGUCUGCAUUCACCGUGCCAUCACUCUAUCUUCUCGUCGUCACUGUCUUCUCCUCCUCCUCCUCCUUAUUUACACCCUCCGUUGCUUUCUCUCUCUUCUUCUCCCUUGAUUCUAGCCCCGAGAAAUGCGCCGCAAAACGGAAAAAAGCUCAGGCCAGCAGCGGCCCUGGUGCAAGCGGAAACUAAAAACGACGGAGUUUUCCGCAACAGGAGGAUGAUCCUCUUCACCGGGAUUUCUUUUCUCCCGCUCCUUCAACUAAGAGCAAGAGCUCUUGAAGAGCCAUUAGCAGACUCUCCUGAACUGAAGGCAACAGACGAGGAACCAGAAGUUGAGCGAAGAAGAAUUCAAGGCAGUGAGUCCCAGAACCCUUUCCUCCUUCUUUUAAAUGUCAUCGGCCUAUGUGGGUCGGGGGUUCUAGGUGGCCUCUAUGUGCUUGCUAGGAAGGAUAAAGCCAAAACUGAUGCUUCUCUAGAUUCGAUUAGAGGUGAAAUGGAGGAAAAAGAAGCGACCAUUGUUUCAUUGGAGAAAAGGGUUGAAUCUGAGCUUCUUAAAGAAAAGGAAGAGCGGAUUAAGCAGCAGAAGAAGGCGAGUGAAGAUCAACAAGUGCUACUUAACAGGCUGUGUUCAGCAAAUAGCACCAUAAAUGACCUCGAACGAGAGGUCCAAAAUGAAAAGAAAUUUGUCGAAGAUCUCAAAAUUGCAAAGCAUAGACUUGAAGGUGACCUCAGGAAAGCUGGAGAGGAAAAGAACAAACUAGAGGCGGAGCUAAAGGACAAACUUGGUUCAAUCGAAGUUCUGCACGAGAGGAUGAACUUACUGAGUCUGGAGGUCAAAGACAAGGAAGACAAGCUUGAAAAGAGUAGAACUUUAUUAACUGAAAAAGAAGCUGAGCUCCAAGAACUUAGUUCUUUGUAUCAGCAAUCUCAAAGCAAGCUUCAUGAUUUGACUUCAGAAAAAAAUGAACUCAAGGAUGAAAUCCUGAAAAACGAGAGAGGAUUGGAGUUGAAGAAUGCCGAAGUACAUAGUUUGGAAGUGCAGUUGGACUCGCUGGUUGUUGAGAGAAAUGAGUUGAAAGAAAAGCAUGAUGCGAUAAAAAAUGACUAUAACAACUUGAAGUUAACUUCAGAAAACAAAGCAGCUUCAGAUGCUCAGCUCUUGGAGGAACAUCAACAGAGACUGCAACAGCUUCAGGAACAGCUUGUCAUUGCCUCAGAUGAUGUAAACAGAAAUAAAGAGCUAAUUACUGAUUUAACCCUUGAAAAGGUUGAUUUGAAAAAAGCUCUUGAUGCAGAGAUUGAUGCUGCAAAGAAUUUGGAACACGAGCUUCAUAUUGCUCAGGGAAAUCUGGAAAACUCGAGAAAUGAAACUUAUGAUCUGAAGAACCAACUCGAGCAAUCAAGAGACCUUUGUUCUAGACUUGAAGCAGAAGUUACCAGGGUGAGGUCUGACAUUGUUGAAAUUACGGAAGCACUUCAGAAGAACAUCGAUGAGACAAGAACAGGCGCAGAUCUGUUAGCUUCAGAGUUAACUGCAACAAAGGAGCUCCUAAGGAAGGCAAAUGAAGAAGUACAGAUAAUAACUCAAGAACUAGUUUCGGUUUCUUACACCCGGGACAGCCUACAGAAGGAGCUGGUUGAUGUCUAUAAAAAGGCCGAGAGUGCUGCUUAUGAUCUAAAAGAAGAAAGGAAUGUGAUUGCUAAUCUCAAUAAGGAGUUGCAGGUUCUAGAGACUCAAAUGCUGAGGGACAAAGAAGCGCAUAAAUCUCUGGAAGCAGAUUUGGAAGAGGCUACUAAAUCUCUUGUAGAGAUGAACCAAAACGCAACGGUUCUUUCGAAGGACCUAGAGCUUUCUAUGUCUACCAUUUCUCUCCUUGAAGACGAAAAGCAAAUGCUCCGUAAGUCUCUCGUAGAGCAAAAGCAAAUUUCUCAAGAAGCCCAAGAAAACAUGGAAGAUGCGCAUAACCUCGUGAUGAGACUUGGGAAGGAAAGGGAGAAUUUGGAGAGGAGAGGGAAGAAACUGGAGGAGGAACUGGCAUCAGCAAAAGGCGAAAUAUUGAGGCUGAGGAGCCAGAUGAACUCAUCAAUUAGGCCUGUUAAUGAUGAGCUGGUUAAGGCGGACGAUAAGGCAACAGUUUCUGCAAGGAGAUACACGAGGAAGAGGAAGUCGGUUCCCGACCAAGAUGAUGAUUCGUAGUUUGUUUAUUCUCCUUUUUCCUAACACACUCUUUCUGUGUAAUAUUCAGCAAUUUUUGUGUAUUGACUACGUUAUUCAUCUGUUGCGUGUACUUCAUGACCACGUUAUGGUAAUGAGUUUAGCUUUUAGCCUCAACAAGGCAUGUUA